CUCAACUUUAAAACUUGCAUGAUCGGGCGAAACGUCGGGGCUGCAAUGACAAUCAUAAUGUCUUGCCCUGCUACGUGACCUGGCUCCUCUGUAGUGCGGUGGUGGCUAGCAAGUUCCGAUUGCACUUGUUCAGCCGGUGAAACCGGGUCGGAGCAAUCAAAGUUAUUUUAUCGCCCGCGCUGAUUUGCGCGGGGCUAUUCGAGCCAAAAGACAAUGUCGGCCAGCUCCACAGUCCGAGGACGCCGGUCUCAUCGCAAAUCACGUAACGGGUGCCAGCAAUGCAAGCACAGGAAAGUCAAGUGUGGCGAGGAAAAGCCGACGUGCGACAACUGCAUGCGCCAUGGCGUACGGUGUUCCUUUGCGCUCUCGACGCGACUGGUCGAAACAGCUUCCUCAUUCACCGAAGCCACCUCCGCAUCGAGUCGCAACUCGACCCCCGAUUCUAGCGGUAGACGGAGUCCACCCCUCACAUCCCCAAAUAACACAGCCCUACCCCAGCCACCCUCCUCAACCGGCACCUCAGACCUCGCCAUCGCCGACCUCGAGCUCCUCCACCACUACACCACCUCCACAGCGUACACCUUCUCCGCCAACCCGACCCUGCAGACGCUGUGGCGCGUCGAAGUCCCCAAGAUCGGGUUCACCGCCCCGUACACCCUGCGGGCGAUCCUGGCGCUCUCCGCCCUCCACCUAGCGGGCCUCCGCCCGGGGCACAAAGACCAGUACCUCCAACUGGCCAGCACGCACCACGACGCGGCCCUCCGGCUGGCCACGCCCGCCAUCGCACACCUAACCGCCACCAACGCGACGCCCUUAUUCCUCUUUUCCGCACUCUCCUCCUUCAUCUGCUGCGCCAAGCCCCUCAAACUCGGCAACUUCCUGUUGUGGGAAGGCCACGAGAUCGCCAACUGGCUCCUCCUCAUCAAGGGGACCGGGACCAUCGUCGCGGUGGCCGAGGAAUCCCUCAAGAACGGACCACUGGGCCUGCUCUUCAGCGUGCACCGCCAGCCGUGCGCCCACGACUUCAACGACGCCGCCGCCACGCAGCACGCCUUCCUCGAGGACCUGCGGCAGUUCAUCCUGGCCGAAGCCACAGGCGACCCGCACUGCCAGACCAUCUACUCCGAGGCCCUCGAUCACAUGAGCCACUGCUUCACGCUGUGUCGCGAUAAGGGGUGGCGGCUGGAGACGGCGGACGUGUUCAUGUGGCUGCUGCGCGUGCCGCAUGAUUUCCUGCUGGCGCUGAAGGAGUACCAGCCACCGGCGAUGGUGAUCGUCGGGUACUUCUGUGUGCUGAUGCACCAGCUGGAGUGGAUCUGGUGCAUGCGCGGCUGGGGCACCCAUAUCCUCUCGCAGAUCUAUGAGCAGGUGCCAGGCCCGGUGUACCGGGCGUGGUUGCAGUGGCCCAUGGAGCAGAUGGGGGUGUUGCCGGGGAGAUGAGUUCUUCUCUGAAUGGAAGGGGUGGGUUGGGGGGUGAACCGGUAGAUAGGGCUGGUCUAGGCUCGUGACUUCGAUGGCGGGACGUCGGGAAGAACAAGUUACCGGUAGGCAGUUCGUGAGCAUCAUUUUGCAAGUACCCGAGCAUGAGCUCCUUCUGUAUAUAGCUAGGGGAACAUGGGACCCGUGUU